UCGGCGGUCGAUCAGCGGGUGCGUUUGUUUAGUUUACCAAUUUUGCAAAAAAUAUAAUAAAAUAAGCGAAUUAAAUUACCGCAAAAUGUUCGAGAAUCAAGCCAUCCACACGGAGCACAAGGAUGUGAUACACGAUGUGGCAUACGACUAUUAUGGGCAGCGGAUGGCCACUUGUUCCAGUGAUCAAUACGUGAAGGUCUGGGAUCAAAGCGAUACCGGCGUGUGGAGUGUUACGGCGAGCUGGAAGGCACAUUCCGGAUCGGUUUGGCGCCUGUCCUGGGCCCAUCCCGAAUUCGGCCAAGUUUUGGCUACAUGUUCCUUCGAUAGAACCGUCUCAGUGUGGGAGGAAACCGUUGGCGAAAAAAGUUCACCGACUAUGUCACCGGUAAAACGCUGGGUUCGACGUACUAAUCUAGUCGAUUCGAGAACCAGCGUCACGGAUGUGAAGUUUGCUCCCAAGUCGCAAGGUUUGGUAUUGGCCACCUGUUCUGCCGAUGGAAUCAUUCGUAUCUACGAAGCACCAGACAUAAUGAAUCUUUCCCAGUGGACACUAUCCCAUGAGAUUGCGGUGAAAAUUCCACUGAGUUGUCUGUCGUGGAACCAAUCGAUGUUCCGCUUACACGCUCCAAUGAUUGCUGCCGGAAGUGACGAUUCCUCCCAAAGUUCCGGCGGGAAGGUGUUCAUUUUUGAAUAUAGUGAAAACUCACGGCGUUGGGCAAAAACCGAAACCAUCAAUUCAAUCAUUGAACCCGUGCACGAUAUUGCUUUUGCUCCGAACGUAGGACGGAGUUACCACAUUCUAGCAGUGGCUAGUAAGGAUGUACAAAUUUUCAACCUGAAACCGACGUUAGAACCAACUUCAAACACACGCCUGGAUAUCCAACAAGUAGCACAGUUUGGAGACCAUUACUGUACCGUUUGGCGCGUGACAUGGAACAUUACCGGAACGAUGCUGGCUUCCACUGGAGACGAUGGUUGCGUUCGCAUGUGGAAAAUGAAUUAUCUAAAAAGUUGGAGAUGCGCCGCGGUGCUGAAGGCGGAAAAUCCUCAGUCUGCUCAGGAAAAUUCCAUAGCACCGUCGCUGAAUUUGUCCAGCAUUGUCAAUGCUACUGCAAAGUACUACAAGCGUGGAACCAUCAGUCAUCCUACUCAGGUGCCGAGGCAUUGAAUAUUGGCUCUAUUCUUUUCCUAUUUCCAGAUUUUCUUUACAGUAAUGUGGUCAAUAAAGUUAUAGAAAGUUCACAAACAUAAAGUGAAUAGGUUUUCUUUAGAUCAAUAAUUAUAGUUAGAGUUAUACAUGUUCCGGGAAUGAUCAAGCAACUGUAUGUAGCAGAAACAUUUUGUCACGAAAUUGAAAAAAAAAUACUUGUAUUUUGAGAAAUUUUGGUAAAGAUCUAGUUACCGGUAAGUUGAAUCGAUAAUCAGCAAAGCAACAUUAUUACAUCAUGG